UAUAGGAACUAAAAUAAACAAUGUGGAAAUGCCCGAAAGAAAUAGCAUUUAAAUAAAAAAGAGAGCAGAGGGAGAAAUAUGGAGAAAGAGACAAGGGAUGACCUCCUAGAAAGGGAAACUCAACCUCCAUUUACAUAGAUGUGUACUGAGUCUAAGCCAAACUAACCAUUUAUCUCUGUAACUCAUCUUCUUCCUUUGGUGUGCUACUCAUGGAAGAAGUUAACAAUUCAACUGCAGAAGCAGCACCAAGAAACCACAUCCAUAAGCACAACCAUUCUCACUCUCAGACCUCCAACAAUGGCCAACACCAACACCAACACCACCACCAUCACCAUGGCAUUCUCAGCUCCAAUUCAUUUCUCAUCAUCAUUGCCUCCAUCAUCUGCAUCACCGUACUCGUCGCCAUUCUCGUCCUCAUCUUGAUGCUGCAGCGCCUCAAAUCGUCCCGAAACAAGCUGACCGCCUGCAGAGAAUCAAACAGCAGCAGCAGCAUCCACAACUCAAGCAACAGAUUCAUUCCCCACACAGCCAUCAAUUUUGACUCAAGCCCAGAAGUGAAGGGGGGCGGGUGCUUAUAUGGAGGGAAUUCAGGGAGGAUGCCACAGUACAGAAUCAGAGGAGUCCAAGUUUUCACAUAUAAGGAGCUGGAAGUGGCCACUGAGAAUUUCAGUGAGGCCAAUGUGAUUGGAAAUGGAAGAUUUGGAAGUGUGUACAGAGGGGUCCUUGCUGAUGGAGCUGUGGUCGCAAUUAAGAUGCUGCACAGAGAAGGGAAGCAGAGAGAGCGUGCCUUCAGGAUGGAGGUGGAUCUCCUAAGCCGCUUGCACUCGCCUUGUUUGGUGGAGUUGCUUGGCUACUGCGCUGACCAACACCAUAGGCUUCUGAUAUUUGAAUUCAUGCACAAUGGUACUCUCCAUCGUCAUCUGCAUAAUCCAAACAGUGAAUCUCGGCCGUUGGAUUGGAAUACUCGGUUAAGGAUAGCCCUUGAUUGUGCCAAGGCUCUCGAGUUCCUCCAUGAGCAUGCAGUCCCAUCAGUGAUCCAUCGUAACUUCAAGUGCACCAAUGUUCUUCUGGAUCAGGAUUUUCGAGCCAAGGUGUCCGAUUUUGGAUCGGCCAAGAUGGGAUCUGAUAAGAUCAACGGUCAAAUAUCUACACAAAUUCUUGGAACCACAGGAUAUCUAGCACCAGAGUAUGCUUCAACAGGUAAGCUUACAACAAAGUCAGAUGUGUACAGCUAUGGUGUUGUGCUGCUAGAACUAUUGACAGGUCGUGUGCCAGUCGAUAUCAAGCGGCCACAGGGGGAGCAUGUACUCGUCUCAUGGGCUCUCCCAAGACUAACUAACAGAGAAAAAGUGGAGAAAAUGGUGGACCCAGCUAUUCAAGGAAAAUACUCUAAGAAGGAUCUAAUUCAAGUAGCAGCCAUUGCAGCGAUGUGCGUGCAGCCCGAAGCAGACUACAGGCCACUAAUGACUGAUGUUGUGCAAUCACUGAUUCCUCUAGUUAAGAACCCGUCCUCGUCCUUGAGAUUCUUGAAUUGACGAGCUUCACUAAAGACUGCAUUUUCCUCCAUUAUAGUUAAGAAACAGUCUAGUUCUUCUGGUGGGAAGUCAUUAAGAGGAUUCUACACUAUGAGAGUGAAAUCUAUACAAGUUUCAUCAAGAAGCCCUUCCAAGAACAGAUUAAGGUUCACUAAAGUAGGCUUUUGUGUAACUUUUAUGGAAUCCCAUAUUAGAGCAUGUCAAUGUGAACCUGCAGAGGCAACAACCAGCUAUAUUAAAAAAUCUCUUUAUCAGAAAUACUAUGAAUAAUUCGACAAGGA